GGGCUCGCACUUCGCAGUUAUUUGGGAAGAACGAGGAGGAAGAAGGAGACGGAGCCCCGGGGAGGAGGAGGGAAAAAAAGUGAUGGCGGCUCGGUGAAAGGGAGCGCAAGGACCACUCAUUGGUACCGAAGACUCCCCCCGGCUCGCAGUUUGGACUGUUCCCAGGCGGAGGCUCUUGUACGGGACGGAUCCAACGAGCGCACCUUGGCGGGGGGGAGGACGGAGGAGAGUUCAGCAGAUGGUUGUCUUGUAGCAAUGAAAUUAGACAGCUGAGCGUGGAGGGAAUGAUUCAUUGCUUGGGAUUUCCCAUGAAUCCUGCACAGCCCUAAUUCCUAUGAUCCCUGUGGUCCAUGUGUAAAGGGGAGUGACAUUUGUAAAUUUUCUGAGACGGGCCUUUUUUGUGAUCCGAAAAUGAUGAAAACAGAGGGGAAAGGGGAGAGGAACCUAAGAAGUGCUUCUCCACACAGAAAUUCCUACAAGUCCGAUUUCCAUGCUAUCAAAUGUUCUUUCGAUGGGAUGAAACCAGAGAUCUCCCCGAAGCCUGCUUCUUUAAAGUCGAACGCUAAUGGAGCACCAGGUGACCUCACCCGAGGCCGUGCCUCGUAUGGAAACCGCGUUCACAAAAUCAAGAACAUGUUUAUGCAGAUGAGCUCAACUCCAAGUGAUAAUCAGAAUGAAAGUAAACUCAUAAAACCUGAAUGUUCUUCUCCUCCAGCAAACACUUCUGUUGUAAGUGUGCAAAGAAAUAACGCCUUAAAUGUCAGCCCUGAUCUACCUGUUCAGGAGAAGGUGGUCAAAGCUGAUGAGGAUGAAGACUUGGACAAAGCAACCCUGGCAGAGAAGUUUUCCGAAACAAGGAAACUCUUUGAAAGAAACCUUAACAAGCAAGCCACUUUUGACAGGUCUUCCCCAACAAAGGAAGAGAAACCGAUCAGACUGGAGCGCAGACAUGGAUCUGUUGAUGUUGAGAGUUCUUCUUCAUCUGAUUUGAGCCCCAAUAUUAACUCCUCAAAGUUAACCAAGUCCUCAUCGGUGGAAAUCAGUCAGAUCAGUCAUCGGUCAACAUGUUCCUCCUCCUCUUCCUCCUCUCUAAAUGCUGGACCAAUUAGCAAGAGAUUGGAAAGUUUCCUUGCUGAUAGUGAUGGGGAAGAACUCAGGGACCUGUCCAAGACUGAUGAGAUUUUAUUUGAUACCACUGCUUCUUCAGUCACAUCGAACCACUCGACCUCACUGAAUGUUACAGGAGUAAAUAAUAAUAAUGAAGGGACCACAAAUGUUGCUGUGGAACAACCACUGGAAAAGACCCAAAGCCAGGACUGUGAAGAGAACACAGAAAGUCCUGUUAUUAAAGAAGACGCUGAAUCUAUUCAAAAUAACAAUGCGUUCCCAGACAGGAAGUCAUGGGACGUAGCGUGCACCAUGGCUGAGAAAACGCAAACUGAAAUGGUAAGAGCCGAGCUAGUGGUAUUGCAAAACGAGUCAUCUGAGAGUGAGGAAGAUACUGACCUAAAUGAUGAUGAUGUAUUUGAUGAUAUAAAACCCCUUGAUUCUCAGCCAUGUGUUAAUGUUGAUCAACAGAAGGUAGAGGAUCAUUUCAAAGCUGAAAAAGAGAUUGAUGACAAAAAAGAUGAUUUUGGCUCAGAUAUCCUUGAGAAGACCACAGAGGAAGCCACAGAUGAUGUGGAUAGUGAUGACGAGGAAGAAGGCAGCGAGUCUGAAGAACAGAGUGACAGGAAUAAAAACUUGCAGAGAUACCCCUCUGGGGCUUUUGGUAUAGAGAAUGCAGCUUUUGAUGAUGACCAAAAUACAGAAACUGAGCAGCCUUUAGCUGAUAACGAGAAAUUGAGGGCCGAGGAUGAGGAUUAUGAUUUGGGCAGCACUUAUGAUGAAGUACCUGGUCUCUCGGAGGAGGAAGAGCUACCUGUUAGAAAAGUCAUGUUUUCUACAGCUCCAAUAAAGGUAUACUCCACAUUUUCCAAUGAAGACUAUGACCGGCGUAAUGACGAGGUGGACCCGGUGGCAGCAUCUGCAGAGUAUGAACUGGAGAAGAGGGUGGAGAAAAUGGAUGUUUUCCCUGUGGAAAUCGAAAAAGGGGACUGUGGCCUUGGCAUCAGUAUCAUUGGAAUGGGGGUUGGUGCAGAUCAAGGCUUGGAGAAAUUGGGAAUUUUUGUAAAAACGAUUACAGAAGGAGGAGCAGCUCAAAGGGAUGGACGGAUUCAAGUCAAUGACCAAAUCGUGGAGGUAGACGGUACUAGUUUAGUUGGAGUGACACAACUCUUUGCAGCCACGGUACUGAAGAACACCAAAGGUACAGUCAGAUUUAAUAUUGGAAGAGAGAAGCCGGGAACACAGAGUGAAGUGGCACGUCUUAUCAGUGAAACCCUGGAGCAGGAAAGAUGUCAGCAGUACGACCAGCACUACUCUGAGGGUAGUACUGGGCAGGAAGAAGACUUUGACGACGAGGACGACGACGAUGAUGAUCUAGAGCCCCAGUUUCAUGGCAAUUCUGUGGAAGUUUUUGAUCUGCCAGAAAAUGAAGACAGUUUCUCAUUAGAUAUGGACACGUCACAGAUGGCAUUAAAGUUUAAAGAGCUGCAACUAAAGCAUGCUGUCACAAACGCCGAGGUGCUUCAGCUGAAAGAGAAGAUAAAAGCUGCUGAGGCUGAGAAACUGGAUUGGGAGACAAACCGGUCAAAAUAUCUGCAGUCUGUAGAGGAAAACAAGGAGAAGAUUAAGAAGUUGGAAACCUACUGGCUGGAGGCUCAGGCGCUGUGUAAAACUGUUAAUGAACAUCUGAAAGAAACUCAGGAGCAGUAUGAUACUCUGGAGAAGAAGUACACAAAGGCCAAGAAGUUACUGAAGGAAUUCCAGCUGAAAGAAAUAGACUUUCAAAAGAGGGAGGAAGAGCACCAAGAGCGCCUAAAAGAAAAGGACAGACGGCAUACCGAACAAAUGAAUUUGCUGCACAAAAGAAUUUCAGAUCUUGAGAGCAGACUCGGUGCGUAUGAGCAUUCUCUGCAGGUGGCCCCCCACAGUAAAGAUGGUGGUGAUAAUGAAAAUGGUGAGGAACAUGCAGGCGCAGCUGCAGAGGAGACCUCAGAAGAUCUGGAGACAGAGGGCUUUACACUUCUAGAAAGUUCUGUGUCUGAUUUUGAUGCGUGUGUGGGAGAAAUCCAACGCUUGGACACCAGCGCACACAAAGCCAAAGCUCAGCUUGCACUUAAAGUGAAACGCCAGCGGCCGUCCCGACACAAAAUCAAAGAGCCUUUGACUGCUGAAGGGAAAACCUCAUAUACCGAGGAGGAAGAUGCUGAAGAUGUGAUUCUGGUAGAAACAGUAAGCCCUUGUGAGAAAGUAAGAGAAGAGACAGAAGAGCGGCUGGUGUUGGCAGCUGCCCAGGAUGAUGAUCAAAGGACUGAAAAGCCUCGAGCUGAGAGUUUAGGUACUCUCUUGGAGUCAAUCCCCUCCAUUUCCACUUCCUCCUCCCCAGCACACAGGACUAACACUGAAACCAUUCUAACCUCCAGUCAGUCUCCCACUGAGGAAGGGCUAGCUCAGAGUUCCUCAGGUGGAUACACUAGGAAUACCAAAGUGAGAGAAUCUAAAGGCAAAGGCAAAGUCGCCAAAGAGGAGAAGAGAAGUGAAGACAAAACCACUGAUGCAAAUGAAGCCACUGGGAAGCACAGGAGGAGGUUUCCUGAUUUUGGGGGACUGCGAAAGUCUGGGGGAAAAGGCAAAAAACUGGACCGGGAUAGCCAGAGAGGAUCCUUGGACAGCCGUGGAUCUCGAGAAUUACUGGAUGAAGGUGGUAACCAGUCACUGUCUGACUCAGACUCUCCGGUCCCUACGUGUAUGCCCUUCUCCUGGUUUGGCGAGAGCCAUAAAGAAUCUGCUUCUAGCGGAAGCCUCAACUUUCCUCAUAGUGGCUCGGAGCUGUCUGCAGACCAAGAGAGAAGCAGAAACAAGAGUAGAAUUGUCAUAGAUGAUUCACACAGUUACAGCCCCUGCUCUGACCUGUCAGGGUUGGUGGCAGAGCCCUCCCUAUCGGGGCGCUCACACACAUUUACCUUCUCCUCCAAUGAGGCAUUGGAUGAAGAUGUCGCAACAAGCGGGAAACUAAACCAGUGGCACAGUCGGCCAGUGUCUGACUGGAGUGCUCAGCAGGUGUGUCAAUGGUUAAUUGGAAUGAAUAUGGAGCAAUACAUCACGGAGUUCACAGCAAAGAACAUUGAUGGACAGCAAUUAAUGCUACUGGAUAGUGACAGACUAAAGGCCUUGGGUGUUGUAAGCCAGACAGACAGAGCCACUAUUAAGAAGAAAAUCAAAGAAAUAAAAAAAGCACAAGAAAAACUGGAAAAACUUAAAGAAAAAAGUUCAAAAAAAGAAGUACAAAGAAAAACUGGCAAAGUGGCCGGAACAGUGGAAUCAAGCUGCUAAAACACGACACCACAAUCCUUUCCAGCCCAUGUGUUGUAUAUGUAAAUAGGUGUACAAUUAAAAUGAGAUGAUGGGAAAUCUAUAACAUAUUUAGAUUAUUUCUUAAUGCCUACUAGCAUCUAAAAUGAACGUCGCCUGAGGAUCAACAUUUUUAUUUAGCAUUUUUAUUAAAAAUAGCUACUAUAUUUGUAAUGAUUUCUUGAAGUGUAAUUUUUAGUGUAUAAGGUUGUGGAUAUUUUAUGCUGAACAGUUUCUCUCUCCAACAACCACUUAAUAAUAUAGUAUGUUUGUUUUGUGUUUAAACCCUCCACGCACAGCCAGUAAAAUGCAGGCUUUCUGACUUUUUGUAAGAAAAGAUGAUUCUUAUGUAUAGUUUUCUACUUGACAGCCUUGGUUGGUUAAAAGAGGGGGGGGGGGUAAAAUAGUUUUACUGUGCAGUUUCUGUCAGUAUCACUGUUCUGUAUGGCUGCUUUAGUUUCAAGCACUUACCAGCAAAUUUGUAUGCCUAUGGUUGUGUUUUUUUUUUCAUUUUUGAACAUUCCUAAAUUCUGAGUGCCUGUCUAAGUACUUCCUACCCGUAGUGUAUAAAAUGAGGCAGUUUGAGCUGGUGGUUGUGAAGCAAACAUAACCCACCUUUUCUAUGUACCCUUAUCACAUCAGUAGUUGAUGGUAAUGAAUGUACUGGUGAUUUUUACAUCUCUAAUGAUUGUAAGACUUUGUUAUUUUGUCUCAAGCUUGAUCCCUGAAGGGGCUGAGCUGUAGGUGAUGAGAUUAGUGCUGCUGGGCUGUCCCAGACCACUUGUGCCGGUAAACCAGAGAGGAGCCCUUGUACUCGGUGUCUGAUCAGUGCUGGUAAAGUUGCUGUCAACGGCCACAAUAGCUAAACAGGGCACUUCCUGGAAUGCUAUAAUGGGUUGCCAUGGUUGAUGUGUUUCAGGGGUGUGCCCUUCUUUCUCAAGUCUACAUCUACUUCCCUCUCUGCUGUCUUAAAUGGAUUGUUAAGGCACUUUAAAAAAAAUGGCAAACAUGUUAUGCUUGCCUGCUCUGUGCAAUGGUUUUACACAGAGCAACCCCGAUCGUCCUCUUCUUGGGUCGUUCCCCCUGGAGUGCCCCAUAGCAAGCCGUUUGCUCGAGGGACACUUGUGCACGACCGCUCCCUCCUGAGCCCUGCUCCCUCCUUACUGGGUCUGAGUUCCAUCAAUGGGAACCAAUGGCUCUGGGUCAGCUAUGUAUUUCGGGGGACGACGACUGCAUGCAGAUUUUUUACCUUGCUACAUAGAGUACAGGAGGGUUUAAAAAAAAAAUCUGCCUUUACAACCACUUUAAUGUCAGCCUAGUGCCGCAUUCAGUUUUUUUUUUUAGAAUGACCUGCUGAUCUUGACUAGAUGAACUUUUUCUCCCAGAUAAGUGACCAAGCUGUUAUAACAAUCCUCCUGUGAAGGAAAGUAUUUUAUUGUGUGCUGUUGAGAUGUUGUAAAUGUCUUUGGGGAAGAAUAGUAGGGGUCCUGUAUGGUUAGUAUGAGAGUUAGAAAUCUUUGAUCGUGUACAGAAUGUUGGCUGUUGAAUGGCGUCUUCUGGUGAAAAUGAAAAAAAUCUUCCAUGAACUGCAUCACCUUUCUUGUCUCUGCACUUGCUAAAUCCUAAUGGGAACUUCUAUUUCAAGAGUAAUGGUAAUCCACUUGUUGGACAGCAUUGUUUCCUCUCUUGGUAUUACUCUUCUGAUUUUAAAUAAUGGUACUAAUCUGUGGCACCAAGACCAGUCGUAUGUAUAUUUUUUGCUACUUAUUUGAGUCUGUUGGAUUAUAAUGAUUGGGAUGUUUUUUGUUUCCUACUCACUGUUGUAAUCUUACACACUGUGGGCUAGGAGGUAUUGGUCCAUUUGAUACAGAUUUUCCACCAGCUGCCUUUUCUCCUUUAAAGCGGGAGUAAACCCAUCAUUUUAAGUUUCCAAAAAAGUUACUGUCCUGGAAUGCCGGGAAUGUAAUUGUCACAUUGCUUGUACUCUAAACUGUCCAAUGGCUGGUGUCAUAACUGAUCACAUGGGCAGCACAAUGGCAGGUGAAGAAUAAACAGAGGCCAAGAUGGCCGCUUCCUUGGCUGAGACCGAUAGGAGGGUUUACUUCCACUUUAAGCUGUCUCUGAUAACACAAAUCUUUCUACGGUACAGAUGUCACGGCCUCUCCUCUUUGUCUUUGACGGGUCUAAUUUGUGGAGACAUGGCCAAGACGGAUCGCGUUUAUAGCAGAACUUUAUCUGAUGGGGUGAUAAACAACGUUUUUAAAGAAAGCUCUUGCUAUAUGGAGAGCCCCUUUAAGGAUUUAGUUGUAGUGCAUACAAUGUCAUCUGAACUUUUAUUUUAUUGUCCUCCUUAUGAAUUCUAUGUUUGGAGGUAAAUAAAACAUUGCUGUCUUUUCUGAGAUGGUACAGUGAGAACUUGUUGGCUAGCACAUUGAUACAAUGUUAAAGAAUCAGAGAAGAGGAGUUUGGAGGAUCACUGGGUCCAGCAGUCUACGGUGUGUCCGAUGGUGAAGAAUUGUAUUCAGAACGCACUUCUGCCACCUUCCAUUGUCUUGUGUCUUCAUUAACCACUACAGAACUUUUAGAUUGUAUUCCUAUAAACCUUCUACUGUGGAGAUAUCCGAGUAUAAAGCAUUGAUGCCGUAUGGAGAGACUGAAAUGUAGACUUUUUAUGUAGAGUACAAUUUUUGUAUUUUAUCGGAAAUGAUUUUGUACAACUAAUAGUAUAGACCUGCUAUGAAAAUCGUGUUGGGGACUGUACCAUUUAAAGAUCGUAGCUAUACACACAUUGUGAAUAAAGCUCUGAAUUCUUUCUGAAGAAAUGUCAUGGGAGAAAUGUUGGCUGCCGAUGAAGAGGUCUUUUGAAAUGCCUGAUUUAU